UUGGCUGUUGUCAAAGUCAUGAAUCACCUGGUCCACAAUUUAAAAUAAAUUAACUUUACAACUUGGGUAUUUUUGAGGCUAUAAUUGUAAAAUAAGCACUUCGAAGAAAAAUUACAUUUAACCUACAUAACAUGCCUGUCCCAUGUAAAACAGGCUGUGGCAAAAAUGCCAUGUUAAAGCGGCCUAAAACUGGAGAUGCAUUAUGCAAAGAGUGUUUCUUUUGGGCUUUUGAGACCGAAAUCCAUUUCACGAUCACAAAAGGGGAAUUAUUCAAACGUGGAGAUUCCGUUGCUAUAGCCGCUUCAGGUGGUAAAGAUUCCACAGUACUUGCUCAUGUACUCAAAACGUUAAAUCAACGUUACGAUUAUGGCCUCGAUCUUAUGUUAUUAUCCAUAGAUGAAGGAAUAACAGGAUAUCGAGACGAUAGCCUCGAAACUGUGAAACGCAACAGAGACGAUUAUGAAAUGAAUUUAAAGAUACUUUCAUACAAAGAUCUGUAUGGUUGGACGAUGGAUGAAAUUGUCGCACAAAUAGGACGUAAGAAUAACUGUACUUUCUGUGGUGUAUUCCGACGGCAGGCAUUAGAUAGAGGGGCUGCUAUGUUGAAUGUAAAAUGUAUAGCAACAGGUCACAAUGCUGAUGAUAUUGCCGAAACUGUGCUUAUGAAUGUCCUACGUGGAGACAUAGCGAGGCUAAAUCGGUGCACAGCUAUUUCCACGGGCAGUGAAGGUACAAUACCUAGAGUAAAACCUUUAAAAUACACAUAUGAAAAAGAAAUAGUAAUGUAUGCACAUUACAAGAAGCUGGUAUAUUUUUCAACCGAGUGUAUUUUUGCACCAAAUGCAUACAGAGGACAUGCAAGGGCUUUGCUAAAAGAUUUAGAAAAGAUCAGACCAUCGUGUAUCAUGGACAUCAUAUAUUCAGGUGAAACAAUGGCUGUUAAAGAGGCGGUAUCCCUGCCAUCACAGAGAGUGUGUUCCAGAUGCAAUUUCGUUUCCUCUCAAGAGGUUUGCAAGGCAUGCGUCCUACUAGAAGGCUUGAACAAAGGGUUGCCCAAACUUGGUAUCGGGAAAAGUUCAAAAGCAAAGAAGAUGCUAGAAGAUUAUAACGCCAGACAAAAAUUGGCGGCGGAAAUUGAAGAAAUGAAUGAGGAAUUUAAGAAAAACAACUGUGUGUCUAAGGGAAAAGUGUGUAAAAGUAGUUGCAAUACAAACCUUUCUGGUGAUGUGAAUCGUACACAUAGUGAUGUGUGUAAUAGUAAUUGCAAUUGUAUUUCAAAAAACUUGGUGUUACCAGAAAAUCCUAAAGUAAAUAAACUAAUAAAAGAAUAUGGUUUGCCGGAUUCGAAAGAUGUGGAAAUUAAUGUGACAUCAAAUGGGAAAGAUUUAAGUGAUUCGGAAAAUGAGAGUAUUUCAUUAGAAGAAGAGAAUACGUGUGGUGGUGCUUGUGGUAGUAAUGGCUUAAGUAUGACAUUUUGACUAAACAUACAUAUUAAAUUUGUCUUGUAUAU